AUGUCACAGCAUGCCCAGCCAGACUUUGAGAUCAAGGACACAGAGUGGCACUGGGACAAAGAUCACUGGGACCUGUGCAAAACUGUCAGGGAGGGGCCAGAUGGAAUCAUAGUGCUCAAUUGUAUUCCUGCCCCCCCUCCCAAAAACGACAUUGAGAUGGGGCAGGAUCUGUCUCAGCAAAUCAUGUAUGCCCUGCAAUGGAAAGAUGAGGAACUAGAGGAGGAGGUGGUUGACUUGCUGGAUGGUGCCCAAGGCUAUUCCUGUCCCUGGAGGGAUCAGGGAGGAGAGGAGGCUGCCAGCAUAUUCCAAUUCCUGUGGAGAAAGCCUCAUUCCACCCUCAUGACACCCUGGGCUGCCCAGACAGAAUCAAGCACUUGGACCAUGAGUCAAGACAUUCAGAAAUUUGAUUCACCAAUCAAGUGCAUACAGUGCUACUGGGGCAAAACAGGGGUUAUAUGCACACUGUACACCUACACAGGAACAUUGGCCAAGUGGCACAGCAAGCUGGUGCAGAACCUCCUGUGCUUGUUCCUUAUUGUGCACAUCAGCGAAGAAGGCAUGGAUCCCUCCAUGCAUGACAGUGUACACACAGCUGCCAUCACCUUUGCAUUUAAACAUCUGCCUGUGAAUGUGGUGGAUCUAUGCUACCUUUGCCUCAACUUGUACAAAGAUGUUGGCCCUACCUUUAGGCAGGGUGGAUCCACCAGUCCAAUCUCAUUGGAUGAUGAUGGGUGGGCCUUGAAGGAAGCCAUGCAAGCUAGAGUUGAGAUGAUGAAGAAGGAGUAUGUAUGA